GGAGCAAGAUGAAAGGCCUCUAUAUCGUCACACGAUACAUCCCCUUUAUCUUUCUUGCCACGGAUAUAUAUUGUGCGUCCCACUUCAGCAUACAUCGCACCGAUAAUGAAGUUUUUCAGUGUACUUUACUCCGAAUGAGAACUCAGGUAAAUGCCGGGAGUUGGAAAAUAUUGAAUCAGGUGCGUGCGUGGUACAUUCAUGUAUGGAUGUCCUUUCUGAAGGCUACUACUUUCCUCUCACAGGUCUUGGAAUAAUACUAGUCAUUGUCUCCGAAACCUUUUUCAUCCUUAGAACAUACGUGCUCUGGAACAGAAAUAGAAUCUUGCUCGCAACUAUGGUGUGCACCUCUUUCAUUUUUAUCGUAAUAUCCUUCGGCGUUACUUUCGACAGUACCACAACAUAUGCAACUAGCACAAUCCCGGGAAUCACAGGGUGCUCCCGGAGUUCAACCAGUUACCAGUCCUUCGUACCAUUUCUUCUCCUUUCCGUGUUCCAAAUGGGACUCAUGAUACUCACGCUCAUACGCGCCGUGCAGAACUGGCGGAUAAACUCGAGCCGUAUGUACGCUGUCCUAGUGAGCCAUAACAUAUCCUACUAUGCAUGCGGUUUUGUACUCUCGUUAACGAACAUCUUGAUAUCGCUGCUCCUCCAGGACCCCCCAUAUCAGAUUGUUUUGUAUGAUUUUCAGUUCAUCAUACUUGUAAUCCUUGCCACGCGCAUGCACCUCCAUCUUUGGGAGGUGAACCGACAUCCACACGACACUACUAGUACCCUCGUGCCAAUGUCCGACAUGUCAUUUGCAAAUGAUGUAGUACCCCUAACAGAACAUUCUGUAUGAGUAUGUAAAUUCAACGGCGUGAUGUAGUACUUUUAUUAGAUUAUUUUGUAUGAGUAUGUAAAUUCAAUGGCGUGACCUGUGGCUUA